AGGGAAUGUUCACUUACUGUUUACCUUCCUUUGUGGGAUGUGUGUUAAAACCCCUUUCAUUCAGUUUGUCCCUCUUGCUGUGCUGUAGGUGAUGCUGGUGGGAGACUCCGGGGUGGGGAAGACCUGUCUGCUGGUGCGCUUUAAAGACGGAGCCUUCCUGGCAGGAAGCUUCAUCUCUACUGUGGGCAUCGACUUCAGGAAUAAAGUGAUCAACAUUGACAGACUGAAGGUGAAGCUUCAGAUCUGGGACACAGCUGGACAGGAGCGUUUCCGCAGCGUCACACACGCCUACUACCGUGACGCCAAUGCUCUCCUGCUGCUGUAUGACGUGACCAACAGAACAUCUUUUGACAACAUCAAGGCCUGGCUGACUGAGAUCCAUGAUUACGCCCAGCAGGAUGUGGUCCUGAUGCUGCUGGGAAACAAGGCUGAUGCCACACAGCAGAGGGUGGUGAAGAGAGAGGAUGGAGAGAGGCUGGCCAAGGAGUUUGGGGUUCCAUACAUGGAGACCAGUGCAAAGUCUGGCCUCAAUGUGGAGUUAUCCUUCACUGCUGUGGCCAAAGAGCUGAAGCACAGGUCUAAGAAGGAGCCCAACGAGCCCAAGUUUAAGCUUCAGGACUACGUCAACAAGGAGAUGAAGAGUGCUGGAUGUGCAUGUUAGAACACUGGGUGUGUGUGUGUGCGUACGUGUGCGCGUGCUAGCUCGUGUCCUUCUCCACGUCAGAUGUGUUACACUCAUACAAGGUGAUGUUAUAUGACUACCUGUGGCCUCAGCCUGUGAGAUAGAGAGCCGAUCAUGUGUGAGAUAUACCUACGUCACUAACCACCCAGUUUGUCUUUCCUUUGUCCUCUAUGCUCUCUGAAAUGAUCCAUUAUGUCCAUAUUCUAAGGUUAUCUGUGAGGCGUCUCACUCCUCUCCUCACCUCCCUCUUUUCCUCUCCUUUCUCUCCACCUCUCUCCCAUCUCUCCUCACCUUUCUCUAUUCCUCUCAUUCCUCUUCUCUCCUCUCUUCACCUCUCUCCCAUCUCUCCUCUCCUCACCUUUCUCUAUUCCUCUCCUUUCUCUUCUCUCCUCUCUUCACCUCUCUCCCAUCUCUCCUCUCACCUUUCUCUAUUCCUCUCCUUUCUCUCUUCUCCUCUCUUCACCUCUCUCCCAUCUCUCCCCUCCUCACCUUUCUCUAUUCCUCUCCUUUCUCUCCUCUCUUCACCUCUCUCCCAUCUCUCCUCUCACCUUUCUCUAUUCCUCUCCUUUCUCUCUUCUCCUCUCUUCACCUCUCUCCCAUCUCUCCCCUCCUCACCUUUCUCUAUUCCUCUCCUUUCUCUCCUCUCUUCACCUCUCACAUCUCUCCUCUCCUCACCUUUCUCUAUUCCUCUCCUUUCUCUCUUCUCCUCUCUUCACCUCUCUCCCAUCUCUCCUCUCACCUCUCUCUAUUCCUCUCCUUUCUCUCCUCUCUUCACCUCUCUCCCAUCUCUCCUCUCACCUUUCUCUAUUCCUCUCCUUUCUCUCUUCUCCUCUCUUCACCUCUCUCCCAUCUCUCCUCUCCUCACCUUUCUCUAUUCCUCUCCUUUCUCUCCUCUCUUCACCUCUCACAUCUCUCCUCUCCUCACCUUUCUCUAUUCCUCUCCUUUCUCUCUUCUCCUCUCUUCACCUCUCUCCCAUCUCUCCUCACCUUUCUAUUUUCCUCUCCUUUCUCUCUUCAUUCCUCCUGUUUUCUGGGACCCACUGCUCCACCUCCUUCUGCAUCUGUGAAUGUACUUCUAUAUCCAGCCAUGACUCUUACCCCAUCAGUGCUGUCUGACACUGUUAACCCUAUUACUAUCUGACCAUGUUAACCUAGUCUGACCAUGUUAACCCUAUGACUGUCUGACCGUGUAACCUAGUCUGACCAUGUUAACCUUAUGACUGUCUGACACUGUUAACCCUAUGACUGUCUGACCAUGUUAACCCUAUGACUGUCUGACCAUGUUAACCCUAUGACUGUCUGACCGUGUAACCUAGUCUGACCAUGUUAACCUUAUGACUGUCUGACACUGUUAACCCUAUGACUGUCUGACCAUGUUAACCCUGACUGUCUGACCAUGUUAACCUUAUGACUGUCUGACCCUGUUAACCCUAUGACUGUCUGACACUGUUAACCCUAUGACUGUCUGACCCUGUUAACCCUAUGACUGUCUGACACUGUUAACCCUAUGACUGUCUGACCCUGUUAAUCCUAUGACUCUGACCCUGUUAACCCCAUGACUGUCUGACCCUGUUAACCCUGACUGUCUGACCCUGUUAACCCUGACUGUCUGACCCUGUUAACCCCAUGACUGUCUGACCCUGUUAACCCUAUGACUGUCUGACACUGUUAACCCUAUGACUGUCUGACCCUGUUAAUCCUAUGACUGUCGG